AUGUCUGGCAACCCCAAAUACAGUGGUAUCGUCACUCCGUCGGAGCUUACCGCUUCAUUCAAGCAUCUCUUCACCAACCUUCCCCACGCCGGCGACUAUCCGGUUCUCAUUGUCCACUCCUCCCUUGCAUCCAUCGGCUUUAUUCCCGGCUUCGCACCCUCACUCAUCGCAUCUCUCUUCUCUGCGCUCGGUUCGACAGUCACUCUCGUCGCCCCAACUUUCACAGGCGAAAAUUCAGAUCCUGCAGCAUGGAGGGCUCCUCCAGUUCCCGAAUCAUGGUGGCAAACAAUACGAGACUCUACGCCAGCUUUUGAUCCGGACACGACGGUCUGCAGAAGAGUAGGCGUUGUCCCGGAGACGCUGCGCAAAUGGCGUGGUGCUGAGCGAUCUGCCCAUCCACAGACGUCUUUUGCGGCAGUUGGUCCUCUAGCAGACAUGAUCACGAAGGGACAUGCGCCAGACUGUCGUUUUGGCGAAUCAAGCCCGCUGGCCAAACUUGAAAUAGUAGAUGCUUGGGUCCUGCUGAUAGGAGUUGGAUGGGACAGGUGCACCGCUCUUCAUCUUGCGGAGUAUCGCCUCCAGAAGCCCGCUCCCCUUGUAGACAACUCGUUCGCCAUAAACUUCAACGGCCAACGACAGUGGAUGACUGUGAAAGACAUCGUGCCAAUAACCGACGAUGAUUUCGAGGACCUCGGGGCUGAUUUUGAGAGGGACUGCCACGUCAUACGCGGAAAAGUCGGGGCAGCUGAGUGCCGGCUGUUUUCUGUGCGUGAGGUGGUUGAGUACGCACGGGUAUGGAUGGAUAAGCACAGGAAUGGAACCAACUCUGAGUGA